AUGCAGGUUACUAUGGCAAUGACUGCAGGGACUGCAACGCCUUUUCCUAUGAGCAACCACACCCGCGAGCGAGUCACGGUGGCCAAGCUCACGCUGGAGAACUUUUAUAGCAACCUCAUCGUGCAGCAUGAAGAAAGAGAAACCAGGCAGAAGAAACUAGAAGUAGCCAUGGAGAAAGAAGGCUUAGCGGAUGAAGAGAAAAAGCUCCGAAGAUCCCAACAUGCCCGCAAAGAAACUGAAUUUCUGAGGCUGAAGAGAACAAGGCUAGGCCUCGAUGACUUCGAAUCUCUGAAAGUGAUCGGAAGAGGCGCUUUUGGCGAGGUUCGCUUGGUUCAGAAAAAAGACACGGGUCAUAUUUACGCCAUGAAGAUAUUGAGAAAAGCUGACAUGCUGGAAAAAGAGCAAGUAGCUCAUAUACGAGCAGAAAGAGACAUCCUGGUUGAAGCGGACGGUGCCUGGGUCGUGAAGAUGUUUUACAGUUUUCAGGACAAACACAACCUUUACCUGAUUAUGGAAUUUCUUCCAGGAGGUGAUAUGAUGACUUUGCUCAUGAAGAAGGAUACACUAUCUGAGGAAGAAACACAGUUUUAUAUCUCUGAAACCGUGCUUGCUAUUGAUGCCAUUCACCAACUAGGGUUUAUUCACAGAGAUAUUAAACCCGAUAAUCUUCUGCUGGAUGCAAAGGGGCAUGUAAAACUCUCUGAUUUUGGGCUAUGCACAGGUUUAAAGAAAGCUCACCGAACUGAAUUCUACAGAAACCUUACGCAUAAUCCGCCAAGUGACUUCUCCUUUCAGAAUAUGAACUCCAAGAGAAAAGCAGAAACGUGGAAGAAGAACAGGCGGCAGUUGGCAACCGCAAUGCUGAUGUGGCCCUCAAUGAAAUUGAGUUUGACACACCCCUGCUCUAAUUCAAUGCUUUUCCUUGUCUUCCAUUCUACAGGAUACCCACCUUUUUGCUCGGAAACACCCCAAGAAACAUAUAGAAAAGUUAUGAACUGGAAAGAGACUUUGGUGUUUCCACCAGAGGUCCCCAUUUCAGAAAAGGCAAAGGACCUAAUUUUAAAAUUUUGCACUGAUGGUGAGAACAGAAUCGGCAGCAACGGAGUAGAAGAAAUUAAGAGCCACGCGUUUUUUGAAGGGGUGGACUGGGCACAUAUCAGAGAAAGGCCAGCGGCGAUCACUAUAGAAAUCAAAAGUAUAGAUGACACCUCCAAUUUUGACGAAUUCCCCGAAUCGGACAUUUUACAACCAGUGCCAAAUACCACCGAACCGGACUUCAAGUCCAAAGACUGGGUUUUCCUGAAUUACACCUACAAGAGAUUCGAAGGGCUGACUCAGCGGGGCUCCAUCCCUUCUUACAUGAAGGCAGGGAAAUUGUGAGAUGCGGCGGAGCCAGGAAACGUAAGAACUCAGGUACCCUGUCCACCUCCGCUCGAUCGCCACCCUCUCCGACGCUCCCACAGACCGGCGCCUGCGGACCCGGCCCAGAAAUUAAGGAAUUCUACGGGAUUAGGAUUUCUGAGACUACUACAGACAAUGAGUUGGCAGUGCCAGCUGGCGGCUUCUUUUAAUAGUGAAUAUUUUUGUUAACUUUAUUACGACAGAGGU